AAGACUAAUCCAAGAAAACAAAAUUCCCCCAAUUCAGCUCUCCCUCCCGCUCUCCGACGAUUCGCAUGUUCCCCUGGCCGCGAGUUAGGGUUAGGGUUAGGGUCGCAUCUUCCCCUGGCCGCGAGUUGGGGUUAGGGUUUUGAAACGUUCUCUUUCGUCUCUACCCGGGGCACCACUGUGCACUCCAUUGCCGGGUAGCGUACCGAUGGAAGCGGAGAAUAGCAGCAGCGCCGGAGGCGGAGGCGGAGGCGGAGGCGGAGGCGGAGGCGGAGGCGGAGGCGGGGCGGCGCCUCAGCCGCCGGUGGUGCCGCCGUUCCUGACGAAGUGUUACGACAUGGUGGACGACCCGGCGACGGACGCGACGGUGUCGUGGAGCGAGGGCAACAACAGCUUCGUCAUCUGGGACCCCCACGCCUUCGCCCGCGACCUCCUCCCCAAGUACUUCAAGCACAACAACAUCUCCAGCUUCGUCCGCCAACUGAAUACCUACGGGUUCCAUAAAGUCGAUCAUGAUAGGUAUGAGUUUGCCAAUGAGGGAUUCCUAAGGGACCAAAAGCAUUUACUAAAAACAAUUGUGAGGAGAAAACCCUCUCAUAAUGCCGCUCAGCAUCCACCUUCACAAGCAAAGAAUACAUCUGUUAAUGCGUGCAUUGAAGUUGGAAAAUUCGGACUCGAGGAGGAAAUUGAACGACUUAAGAGGGACAAAACUGUCCUCAUGCAGGAGCUAGUAAAGCUUCGGCUGCAUCAACAAAGCACUGACCAUGAAUUACAAAGUUUGAGACAGCGUCUUCAGGGAAUGGAACAGAACCAGCAGCAGAUGAUGUCGUUCUUGGCUAUGGCCGUUCAGAGUCCAGCUUUUCUGGCCAAGCUGGUACAGAAGAGUGGGAACAGCAACAGGUGGAAAACAGAGGCGAAUAAGAAAAGAAGGCUUCCUGCAUUGGAACAGGGCAAUAAUAUAACUUAUCCAGAAUCUUCUUCUUCCGACGGACAAAUUAUCAGAUACCAGCCCCUAGUGACUGAAUCAUUUAAUUCAUCCAUGCCACCAUCAGUGCCUAAUUCUCAUAUCUCAGAGCAAUUGCAAAACAUGGCAAAUAGUGCGAAUAAUUUAUCGGAAUGUGGGGAUUUUAUUUUGCCAGAUUAUUUGGAACAGCUUUUAGCUAGCCCGCCAUUGGAUAAUGGUGUCGGGCCUGACCCAGAGUCCUUGGGCAUUCUAGAUCUUUCGAUCGAUGAUUUUGACUUCUCGGAGCAGGACAUUCAGAUGGAAGUGGCACAGGACAUGGUUCCUGACGAAAUUAAUGGAGGGAGUCAGUCGAGACCUGAGAUGGAUCACGUACAUGGGCAGUUAUAGCUGUUUACGUUGUCUUGAUCAUGUAGGAAUCUUGUACAGAUCUUCGUUUCACUUAGAAGAUUAAUCAUAGGUUGCUGGCUGCACUUGCAAGGGACGGAAUGUGGGUGAAAAUCUAUUGGCAAUGUUUGAGGUGUCAGCAACCAGCACGUUGUAGAGACAGCUAUUGCAGGUUCAAAGUUUCCUGCUAUCAGAGAGUAAGUUUUAACAUUUUGCAAGUCAACAGAUGAAGCUCAAGUCAUGGAAUUUGUGGAUAUUUCCUACUUUUUCCUUUAAAUUUGUAAACCAACCGGCCUGCUGGAUCUAUCAAAACUUUAGGGCCUCAUAUUUGUAAAGAUUUGUAAAUAUUUGGCUUAAACUUGGCAUAUACAUAAUUUUUGAAGAUCAAUUUACAAGCAUAAUUUUUUGUUCUUGA